CUCACCGCCAAAGCUGCUGCUAAGGACGCCGGGCCCCGGCCUUUCCUAGUCACUUCCGGGUGGAGCGCCACGACCGCGAGCAGCGAUUGGGUGAUCGUGGACGGGGCACUUCCGGUACCCAGGUGCUGGGCACUUUGGCAGGAAGAGUAAGAUGGAGGUCGGCCCCGCGGCCCGUGCUUGGUCCCUCUUGUGGCUGUUGCUGCUCGUGCUUGGCCCGGUGCGCGCCAGCGGCCCACGCACCUUAGUGCUGCUGGACAACCUCAACCUGCGGGAGACGCAUUCGCUUUUCUUCCGGAGUCUGAAGAACCGGGGCUUUGAACUCGCAUUCAAGACAGCUGAUGACCCCAGCCUGUCUCUCAUUAAGUAUGGCGAGUUCCUCUAUGACAAUCUCAUCAUCUUCUCCCCCUCCGUGGAAGAUUUUGGGGGCAACAUCAAUGUGGAGACCAUCAGUGCCUUUAUCGAUGGGGGAGGCAGUGUCCUGGUAGCUGCCAGCUCAGAUAUUGGUGACCCUCUUCGGGAGCUGGGCAGUGAGUGUGGGAUCGAGUUUGAUGAGGAGAAGACUGCUGUCAUUGACCAUCACAACUAUGACAUCUCAGACCUUGGCCAGCAUACGCUCGUUGUGGCCGACACUGAGAACCUGCUGAAGGCCCCGACCAUUGUUGGAAAGUCACCUCUAAAUCCCAUCCUCUUCCGGGGCGUUGGGAUGGUGGCCGAUCCUGACAAUCCUCUGGUACUGGACAUCCUGACAGGCUCCUCUACCUCUUAUUCUUUCUUCCCGGAUAAGCCCAUCACCCAGUAUCCCCAUGCAGUGGGAAAGAACACCCUCCUUAUUGCUGGGCUUCAGGCCAGGAACAACGCCCGGGUAAUUUUCAGCGGCUCCCUCGACUUCUUCAGUGACGCCUUUUUCAACUCAGCUGUGCAGAAAGCCACGGCCGGCUCCCAGAAGUAUUCUCAGACAGGCAACUACGAGCUAGCUGUGGCUCUGUCCCGCUGGGUGUUCAAGGAGGAGGGUGUGCUCCGUGUGGGGCCUGUGUCUCACCAUCGGGUGGGCGAGACAACCCCACCCAAUGCUUAUACAGUCACUGACCUAGUGGAGUACAGCAUUGUGAUUGAACAGCUCUCAGACGGCAGAUGGGUGCCCUUUGAUGGUGAUGACAUUCAACUGGAGUUUGUCCGCAUUGAUCCCUUUGUGAGGACUUUCUUGAAGAAGAAAGGUGGCAAGUACAGUGUCCAGUUCAAGUUGCCUGAUGUGUAUGGUGUAUUCCAGUUUAAAGUGGAUUACAACCGGCUCGGCUACACACACUUGUACUCUUCCACUCAGGUGUCCGUGCGGCCACUGCAGCACACGCAGUAUGAGCGUUUCAUCCCCUCGGCCUAUCCCUACUAUGCCAGUGCCUUCUCCAUGAUGGCAGGCCUCUUCAUCUUCAGCAUCGUCUUCUUACACAUGAAGGAGAAAGAGAAGUCUGACUAG